AUCAACAACAACAAAACAACAACAUGGCCGAUGAUUUGGACAUUGAAGCAAUGCUGGAGGCUCCAUAUAAAAAGACUUGCCUAUAUCUCACCUCUACUCCCAUGAAUUCCAGUGUGAACUGUCAAAAAAAUGAAGGAUGACAACAAGUCCUUUAGUACCAAUGGCCACGAGGAGCGGAGUAAGAAGUAUGUUUUGUUGAACCCCUUUAGCAGAAGCCGCAGUCGGGAAAGGAAGAGAAGCAGGAGUCACGAUCGCAAGAGGAGUCAUGACCGCAGAAGGAGCCGCAGCAAAGAACGGAAGCGCAGCCGCAGCAGGGAGAGACAGCGCAGCCUUUCAAGGAGCAAGGAACGUGGUGGUCGCUACAGAGCUCCAUUUUCUGGCCUGAAAUUUAACGGUGGUCCCAGGGGGAAGACGGGCCCACCACCUGCCAUCAAACUAAGCCGUAAAAGGUCUAGAAGCCGCAGUCCUUUCAAGAAAGAUAAAAGCCCUAUAAGACAGCCCAUUGAUAAUCUCACCCCUGAAGAAAGAGAUGCACGAACAGUAUUCUGCAUGCAGCUGGCAGCAAGAAUCCGACCACGAGACCUGGAAGAAUUCUUUUCUGCAGUAGGAAAAGUACGAGAUGUGAGAAUCAUCUCUGAUAGAAACUCCAGAAGAUCCAAAGGAAUUGCAUACAUUGAGUUUGUGGACACCACCUCUGUACCUUUGGCAAUUGGCCUUUCUGGUCAAAGACUUCUCGGAGUACCAAUCAUUGUGCAGGCCUCACAGGCUGAGAAGAACAGAGCAGCUGCGUUGGCCAACAACUUACAGAAGGGCAGUUCUGGACCUAUGAGACUGUAUGUUGGCUCAUUGCAUUUUAACAUCACAGAAGACAUGCUCAGAGGCAUCUUCGAGCCGUUUGGAAGGAUUGAUAGUAUUCAACUGAUGAUGGACAGUGAAACAGGACGAUCAAAAGGAUAUGGCUUUAUCACUUUUGCUGAUGCUGAAUGUGCUAAGAAGGCUCUGGAACAGCUUAAUGGCUUUGAGUUGGCUGGCAGACCAAUGAAAGUGGGACAUGUGACGGAGCGCACUGAUGCCUCAACUGCCAGCUCCUUCCUGGACAAUGAUGAGCUGGAAAGGACCGGCAUUGAUCUGGGAACGACUGGUAGACUGCAGCUGAUGGCUAGACUGGCCGAGGGUACUGGUCUGCAGAUCCCACCUGCUGCUCAACAGGCCCUUCAGAUGAGUGGCUCCAUGGUAGCCAUGGCUGCAGCUACGGCUGCUAUGAACCCUGGAUUGAGUUUUAACAUCAAUGUGCCCACAAACCAACCUUUGAAUCUACCUUCACAUCCGAUUGCAACACACUGUUUCCAACUGUCUAACAUGUUCAAUCCAAACUCAGAAAAUGAUCCUGGUUGGGAAGUUGAGAUUCAGGAUGAUGUCAUUGAAGAGUGCAACAAACACGGUGGAGUCAUACACCUAUAUGUGGACAAGAAAUCAGCUGAAGGUAAUGUCUAUGUGAAGUGUCCCAGCAUUCCUGCUGCUAUGGCUGCAGUGAGUGCAUUACAUGGACGUUGGUUUGGAGGGAAAAUGAUCACAGCAGCUUAUGUCCCUCUUCCUACAUACCACAACCUUUUCCCAGAGUCAGUGCAGGCAACACAGCUUCUUAUGCCCAGUCGCCGGUGAUCAGUCACCCCUGGAAGACUCAAUAUUUUCAGCCUUGCUCUUUUUAACUUUUGGACAGUAAUAACAGUUCUGCAAGCUGUGGCUGAGUUGUUUUGUUUACUUUUAAGUUGGUUACAAAUCCAGUAAGGUUAAACAUUUCACUUGCAUAGUGUCCUUACAGGUCAUGGACUU